GAGAGCGCGGGAGAGGGGGAGAGAGAGAGAGAGAGAGAGACGAGCCGAGCGACGACCGAGCGAGCGGGGGAGAGGGUGGGAGACGAGAGUGUCAGGGGAUCGAAUAUGGUCGGACCGCCAUACGACUGCUUGGCGAACCCACUCGGAGCCGUUCGGCUGACUUUCGAGAAGGCGGUGGCAUCAGGAUCUGAUCCGACCUCGUUCGAUGGCAAGGACUGGGGCGCCGUCGACCUCUUCCGCGAGUUCCUCUUCGAUCAGGGCGCUCUCUCUCAGGUCCCUGUCCUUAAUGCGAAAACCAUCAGAUAUCUUCAACCCAAUACGCUUGUACGGUUCCGGGGAAUGAUACAGGACAUGUUGGGAAAUGAAUUCUAUGCCGGUGCCUAUAAGGAUGGCGCUGUAUGGAGAACAAAUAAGUAUACAGAUGCCUUUCAAUAUCCAGUGGGUACUUCACCUGAUAUGCGGAUUUGGGAACGCCGAUUGUUCUAUUGUGUUCCAGUCCCAGGACGGAAUGCUUGGGCUGAUGAUCUCUCUGAUGUUGCUAUUACACGGUGCAUGGAUUGGACUCUCCAACAUGGAGAGAAGCGGAGGAGAAUGGAAGAUGAAGCUGAUGAUGAAAUGGAUAUGCAGAUUCCAGAAACUGGUGCAGGAGGUUCACCUGGUGCCAAAAAGAUGAGGGAGUCAGGGCAGCCUUCCCACCUCUCACCAUCCCAGGGUUCUGUGACUGAGAGCUGUUGUUUUAUCCCUUGCAAAGAUUCGAAAGCAGAAAACCAGAAUCUAUCUUGUCUUGUAAAGAUAUAUGAUUCUUCCGACUCCGACCUGAAAUUGAAUGAUGUUUUUGAGUUCAUUGGUGUGUUCACUUUUGAUUAUGACCAUCAAGUGAACAUGGCUGAAAAGGAUGAACUGGCUGAUGACUUUUGUGAAGAUGCCUCAGCUCAAUUUCCUACAAACAAGGUGCCACGUCUUCAUUGUCUAGUUCACAGGAAACUUGCAAUUCAGGAUUUUCUUCACAGUUCCCCUUCGAUGGAGCUGACACCCGAUCUAGUGAAAAAUGCGAGGGAAGGUUUGCUAGGCCAUCUUUCAAGUGUUCUUGGAAAUGAUGGAUUAGCUGCUCAUUUCUUGUUGUUGCAUCUCCUGUCAAAGGUGCAUGCUCGAGUGGAUUCCUUGGCUGUGGGGAAGUUUUCACUUAAUCUCACCUGUUUCAGCAAAGAAAGUGCAUCUAUAUUUGUUAGCCAAUUAAGCCUUGCUAUUAAGGACCUACUGCCAUUCACACAAAGUAUACCCCUAACGGUGGAGAAUCUCAAUGCAGCUUCUCUUGCCCCAAGAAAAGAUUAUGAAACAAACAGAUUAAUAACCGGAGUCAUGCAAGUGCCUGAUAACUCACACUUAAUUAUUGAUGAGACACAACUGAAUGUUGGAACCCUAAAUUCUGUUGGCAUUGACAAUGCGAGAGUUUUGAAGGAUUUAAUCGAAUUGCAAAAGGUCGUAUAUGAUUUUAAGUAUUACAAAAUGGAGGUGGCAGCUGAUAUUCAGAUGCUUAUACUUUCUGAGGGAAAGUCAAACAUUUUACCGGCUGAUACAGUAGUACCAUUCCGACCGUCCUCGGUAGCCAGCAACCAAGCUGUUCCUAAAGAAGCACUGGAAGCUUGGAGGUGGUAUUUAGCCUCUCUCAGAGCAUUGCCACAUUCUAUCGACCCAGAAAUGCAGAAGGUGGUGGAAAAUGAUCUGGUCGCAGCAAGGCAAUCAAAUAGAAGCUUGGGCAGCCAAGAGUUUAGCAGGCUGCUAACUAUGGGCCGCCUCAUGUCGCUAAGCUACGGUGAAACCUCGCUCUCGUUGGAGAAUUGGCAAAUGGUUAAGGAACUGGAGAGGCUCAGACUCGAGAGGUUCACGUGACAACAUAGAAGAUCAGGGACCCUCAUAUGUCGCCUCUAUCAUGUUAAUAUUUUCACGAACGAACGUCAUGUUCUGCAUCUUUCAGCAUCUCCCAGUUCCCACCAAAUCGUUUGUUUCAUUCUUAGGGUUGGGGGUCUAUGUAAUGUAUGUCCAAAAUUCAUAUUUGCAGUUAUAACUCCAUCAUCAUUAUAUAAUAAUAAUUUUGUAUAGCCCACAAAA